AUGUUACAGGAGAACAACUGGACAGCAAUCACGGAGUUCAUUCUUGUGGGCUUUCCAACACUUCAACCUCAACAUUAUGGCCUAGUUGCAUUCAUAUUUUGUGUUGUGUAUAUAAUCACAGUCAUUGGGAACAUUCUUCUAGUGGUAACAUUUGUGUGUGAGCCAAAGCUCCAUAAACCUAUGUACAUUAUCAUGUUAAGCUUGGCUCUGUCUGACAUAGGAUUCAGCACUGUUACUUUACCUAAGAUAAUAUCCCGAUACUGGUUUAAUGACAAAUUUAUUCAAUUUCAUGUGUGCCUUGCCCAAAUGUUACUGGUUCAUUACUUUGGGACUGUUAAUUCUUACAUCAUGGGGAUUAUGGCUUUGGAUCGAUACAUAGCCAUAUGCUUUCCUCUUAGAUAUCCUGUGGUCAUGAGAAAUCGCACAAUGACUGUUCUAAAUUGUGUUGCAUGGGCAUUCUCCUUCACCACAACUGGCGCCAUGACUGUCUUGAAUGCUGCAUUACCAUAUUGUGGGCCAAAUCUUAUCUACCAGUGUUACUGUGAUCAUAAUUCUGUAGUCAAACUGUCAUGUGCUGAUUACAGCUUGCCGAAUUUGGUUGCCGUUACGUUAGCCAUGCUGGUGCUUCUGAUACCCCUAGUGUUUAUCGUCUACUCGUACGUCCACAUCAUUUACAGUGUGGUGAAAAUAGCCAGUUCACAGGGCCAGUGGAAGACGUUUUCCACGUGUGCCACACAAAUGUGCAUUAUCAGUCUUUACUACUUGCCUCGCUGCACUGUCUAUAUUUUUAAUAUUACAGGUCUCUUCAUGAACUUAGAUCUUCGCAUCACUCUUAUCCUCUUCUAUAGCCUGUUUCCUCCUCUUGCAAACCCCUUUAUCUACUGCUUCAGAACAAAAGAGAUCAAACAAACACUGGUUCGCUGGUUUAGUGUGGUGAGCCUUGGGAAGAAGUCCUCCAUUGCUGCUAUUCCCAGAUGA